AUGGUACGAGCUACAGUGGCUCUACUAACAGUGGGCAGCGCCCAAGAAACGGGAGAUUCUGACGUGCUCCCUACCAGAUGGCCCCUGACUCCGUGCGCGGCCGGCAACUACAGAUGUUCUGAUGGCGUCAGCUGCGUGGACUUAUCAUCGUUCUGCGACGGAAUCACGGACUGUGCCGAUGCCUCCGACGAGACCGUCUGCUCGAGGCUGCGCGACGCAUUCGAAGAAGCCAAGCCAAGAUUAAGGAGGCAAGGAGCGUCAGCUAAUCCAAAUUAUGCGGCCUCGAAAAGCGACUCCAGCGACUCAAGAUAUAGGAGACAAGCAUUUCCAGCCUUUACCACAGCGAGUCCGUUUUUCUUCGGUGAUGUCACGACUGGCGGUUUCGACGAUUUCUUCGGCUUCGAUAUCACGACACAAAGUCUGUUAGACGGCGAUUUCUUUAAUUUAGCGACGACGGGCUUUCCAGCUUUUGGUCCCGCCCUUGCGACGACGGCAGAUCCCUUCGGUGGAGAUCUGUUUUUCAACCCCACAACGCAGUCGCCAAUGAAUUUGCCGUCAUUUACGACGGAAUCGCUAUUAAACUUCUUCGGCGACACGGUUACGGAAGACCCUCUUUUCGGCGACUUACUAACCACCGCUGGAUUAUUCCCUGGUAUGCUUCAAACGACGGAAGCAUCCUUUAUCUUUCCACCGGUCCAGACAACAGUUCCAAGCGAAUUUCCAGACCUGUUGCCCGCCACGACCGAGGAGACUUUCUUCGAAAUUCCGACAACACCUGCAACAGUUUUUCUUCCACCACAAACUACGCAAGAUAUCUUCGAUCUCAACAUUGCUACUACUCCCGCGCCAGCUUUCCCCGAGCAAACUACAGAAGGAUUCGUCUUUCCAGAGGUUCAAACCACCGACGAUCCAUUUGUUUUCCCCGAGCAAACAACCGCCGGCUUCCAGAUCCCAACCACAGAGGGAUUCGAUUUGAGCCUACUGGGAACCACUCCCGCUGGUCUACCAGACUUGCUCUUUCCAGCUACAACUGCUGAUCCAUUCGGAGGAAUCUUCCCCGCGACUACUGAAGGAUUGGUCUUCCCGGACUUCCAAACGACGCCGUUCCCAUCUUUCACUACAGAAGGUCUUCCACUCUUCCCAGAUGUCACGACAGAGUCUCUCGUCUUUCCUUCGUUCACUACAGCAGCUCCGACAGUCGAUAGCGGUGACUUUUUCACUUGUGCAAAUGGUGACCGAGUUCCAGUUGAUGUGGUUUGCGACAAAAUUGCAGAUUGCUUGGACGGCAGCGACGAAUUAAACUGUCCAGAUGACACGACUGAGAUUCCAACAACAAUUGUUCCCACAACAACUGAGCCAAUGAUCGAACCAACGACGGAAUCGUCGACCACUGUGACGACAUCAACAGCGACGACUGCGACGACAACGUCGACUGGAUCAACGAUACCGGCGCGAGCACCAUCUGGCCCACCACCAGACGCAGACGAGGAGCAGUACGAGCGAUGGUUCGACACUUUUAUGAACUGGCGGGCCGCCAUUUUCAACGACUGGCUCAAUGUUAUGAAAGUCUAUCAGCAACGAUCGGGCAUCAAGACCGACGACAACUCAUCGUGCUCAUCAGCCUCGCUCAGCUUCUGCUCGAAUGGGAGGAAAACAUGCAAGGACGAUCUGGACGGCUGUCAGUAUUGUUUUUGUUACGGGCUUCGAUACAGCUAA